UUUGAAGGCUGCAGCGGUGGUUUUGAUUGUUGGCUUCCUUUUGUGAGAGAAAUAUUCCUGUUGAAUUUGUCAUUUUUUCCGCGUUCGUUCCGAGUUCGGCCAUUUCCGAGUUGCUCACUAGCCCCCGCCAGAGCAUGGAGAACCCAGAGGAAGUGCUGCAGCUGCUCGAGCGGUUCACGAAGCUAAAGCAGAAGGAGAUUCCGCGCGAGCUGGACGAUUACCUGGGCUUCGUGGCCCGCACCGGGGACACGGUUUACCGGUGGGCCAUCGUCAAGCACCUCUUCCGGGAGAAGCUGGUCCACGUCAUAACGGACUUUCACGACAACACGCCGAGCAUUGCCGAUCUUCCGCAGUGUCCGAAUGUGGACCCGUUCAACUACGAGCGGAUGAAACGGAUCCUGCUGGACCGGUUGGACGCGUUCAACUCGGCUCCGUUCACGGUUCAGCGAAUCUGUGAGCUGUUGACUGAGCCCCGCAAACAGUACACCAGAAUCGACAAGUACAUGCGGGCCGUCGAGAAGAAUAUUUUGGCAUCCGAUUUUUCAGUGGUCAGCACGCAGGAACCCGGAAGACGGCGCUCGGAAAGCGAGAACGGCGACUCGCUGGACUCGAUCGUCAACGGGGAUCUCGAGGUCAACGUGGACAUUGAGAUGGACAACGAAGCGUUCGGCAUUGAUGCGGGCGGUGAAAUUGUUCCGGCAGCGGCGACGGCAGCACCGGUGGUGACUGCGGAACCGGCUGAGCCGUCACCGGUUUCGGAAGAGGAGCCAGCGAGGGGCGUGGUCGCGGUGACGGAAGAACCAGAAGUCUCCAAAGAGGCUGUUGAUGAGGUAGCGGCGACGCCGGCGGCAGAACCGGUUGCCGCGGACAAAGAGGAGGAAAGCAAGGAAGGACCAGGCGGUGAGUUCAAAAGAUUUCAUAUUAAACUUUUUUUUAAUUCCGCAAUUUAAAAAUUGCUUAGAAGUGUAUAUUAAAAAUCUGAAAUUUAUCCAAACGAAACUGAGAAUUUACAUUCUUCAAUUCAAACAUUUGAAAUAUUCUUUAAAAAUCGCGAGUGUAAAAAAUUGCAGGCCAAGGAUUGAUACCUAAGAGCAUGCAAUGGCACUGACCUUGUUGCGUGCUCUUCGGUUGACGUCCACGUAAGGAACAUCCUGGAAGGAGCGUAACUAACUACAUCCGUAGUUCUGUUAGAUCAUCCGAAUUAUCUUGAUCAGAACAGUAUAGCUCUGGUUCCUUGCGAGUGUCCUAUUUUCUUACCUCCACGUUGGCUUGGUUUUCAUGAUGACCUAGCUGGUGGCCUGUGGAAACGGAUCGUAAACCUUUGACCACCGCGGGUCAGAGUCGAGACGGCUAAAAGAAAGGGGCGCGACAAUGUGGGAAAGGGAAGUAAUUUGUGAUUGUAGACGGUAUUGUUUUGAUUCGCAGUAUGUUGAGUCAACUGCUGUGGAUGUACCUGAAACAUCGCACAACGGGGUUUCUCUUCUCUUCAUUCUCAGCUACCACCUAUCUCCUAUUUUUAUUUUGCUCUUCUGAUUCCCAAUUCUUCACUGAUUCUUCUAUUUAAUAUCCAAUAUUUGAUUUUAAUUUUACUAACUUUUGAUUCUCUUAUCUCUCAAAGCUUUUCCACUCUUUUCUAUCAAUUGAUACUGCUGUAACAAACUUUGUUUUGUUUAUUUUUACUUAAAAAUAUACUUUUCCUUAAUGUACUAGUAAUAUCAAGUCUAUUUAUCAUUCGCCUAAUCUUUUUUGAUUUUAUUGCGAAUUUAUUUAUUUGAAUAAUUCUUUAUCUGUCCUAUAAAUUAUCAUUACUAUAAUCUAAGCUUGUUUUGUAUCUCUAUUUAUUAACUAUUGUCUAAUUUUACAUCUAAUACGUCUAGCUUCUCAUUUUUAUUCUUCUAAAUACGCUCAUCAUUCUCUUACUAUUGAUACUUGAUUUUUAUAAAAUAAAUUCUCUUUUACUGUCUAUUGUUUUCAAUCUUCACCCUUUUUUUCAAACAAGUGAGGUUUGAGCCCUUACUCAAUUUAUGGAAUGGUUAAAGGAUUAACACAAAUAUUACUAUUGUAUUUUUGGUAAACUUUUAUAACAUGCUUAGGACCAAAAAUUGUAACAAAACACCGCGACAAAAGAAAUAGCAACAGAUAAACAGACUCAACAAUAGGGAAGAUUUCAGGAGAAAACAAUACACAGUAAAUAACAAUAAGUUUUUGAAUUGAAACUAAAAAUAAAACAGUUUUUGCUUUAAUGAAAGUUGAUAGGCACACUAUAAAUGUUUAGGCGCUUAUACUUACAUCAAACCCUACGUAAUGUACCACCCCCGGCCGAGUUAAAAUGCGUAACCGGAAAAGAAGGUGUGCAUGCCUGGCACGAACACUCAAAGCGUGUUCUAGCGUGCUGCUCGUACUGACUCAGAGCAAGGGUGAGAUGUAGGUGUAAGGGCAGUGCGUGUUCGUCGGGAACCUAGUGCAUAAGAUCGGUCAAGGCCCGUUCUUACACUGAAAAUUGCGAAUUGCGAAUUGCGAAAAUCGCGAGUGUAAAAAAUUGGAGUUAAAAAUUUUUGAACUGAGAAGCAUAAAAUAUUACUUUCAACUUACUUACUGAUAUUCAAACUGCUGAAAAACAUGAAAAUUUAAAAAUAAAGACAUUUUAAAAAAGGUUUAAACACAAAAUUUAAAAAAAAAUUAAAUAACAUUCAAAAUAGGAUGAAAACGUAACAACCUGAAAAUUCAGGAAUUGUCGUCUUCUUAAAUUCUGAAAACAAAAUUCACAAAAACAAAAAAAAGUUAUAAUAAAUUUACAAUUAAAAAACCUCCGGAACGAGUUCAAAUGCGUAACCGGAACAGGUGCGAAUGCCUGGCACGAACACUCAAAGCGUGUUCUAGGGUGUUGCUCGUACUGACUCAGAGCAAGGUAGGUGUAAGGGCAGUGCGUGUUCAUCGGGAACCUGGUGCAAAAGAUCGGUCAAGGCCCGUUCUUACACUGAAAAUUGCGAAUUGCGAAUUAUAAAACUUUCCAAAAUUUAAAUCCAAAAAAUUAAAAAUUUUAGCCUAUAAAAAAAUAGAAAAUCCAUUCCAAUAAUAAAACUUUUUAUAUUUUUUUUUAUUUCAAAACAUCAAAAAAUAUUUAAUUACAAUUGAAAAAUAUAAAAUUCUAUAAAUCUUGAAAAAUUAAAGAAAAAUAUAAACUCACGUGACGCAAAACAUUCAAAAAUUUAUAUUAGAAUUCAAUAAUGUAUAAAACAAAAAAUAUAAAUUUCUAUUUCUGCUUAUAAAAAAUAAAUCAGAAAAUAAAAAAAGAUGAUUGUCUAUAUAUUGGGGCUAGUUCCUAAAUUGGACCUACAAAACAAAAUUUAAGGAAAUUAUGCUUUUCACCGAGAGUUAACUCAGAAAUCUGGUGAUCAAAACUUCCCAAAUUUAGAACAUUUAAAACUAACUUAAUUUUGCUCGUUUAAAAAUUAGGAAUUAAUACCCCAAACCCAAAAUAUUUAAUUAAAAAUUCUGAAAUUUAAGCAUUAAAAAUUCUAAAAAAACAAAUUUUAACUGCCAAAUACCUAGAAUUUGAAAAAUGCUUUAAAAUUCCUUAAAACAAAUUUAGCAAAAUACCUUAAAAUUCUAAAAUUUUAAAGCUUGAUUUUUUUUUUCGAAAAAUAGGUAACGUUUGAUUUUUUAUAUCUCCAUUAAAACUUAAAAUACAGUAUAGACUCGAUUAUCCGAAGGUUUGUUUAGGUCUUCAGAUAAUCGAAAAACGAUAUUUUUUCUUUGUUUUCAUUUUCUUGUUUUUAACAUCAAAUUCGAGAUCUGUGCUGUGACCCAAUUUUACUUAAAUUUGAAUAGUGUAUUGCCUAUUAAUUAAAAAAAUGCAUUUUUUCAACAUUUCGUCACCUUCAUAUUGGUAUUUGAUUUAAAAAUUCUAAAAAUACGUUCGAUUGAGGGCUAGUUUCGCACUGAGUGCCACACUCAGAGCUGUCGAAUGGUUUGGCCUUCCUCACCUUACUGAGGAAAGGCUAUAACAUCACUCGAAAAAUAAACUUUUUAAUUAGACCUCCUAGACCUACCAUCAUUUAUACAUAUCAACUCAGAAUCACCAGCUGAGCAAAUGUCGUUGUGUUUGGCUGUAUGUAGACAUGUAUACCAAAUUAAUGUCACUGAAAUAUCUCGUCACUGACUGAACCGAUUCGGACCGUUUUGGCCUCAUUCGAUUCGUCUUGGGGUCCCAUAAGUCCCUAUUAAAAUUUAUAAGAUUUAGUAAAGCACAUCAAAAGUUAUGCUUAAAAAAACUGCUGCAUAUAAAUUUCACAAUUUGCAAAAAAGGGUGGGUUUUGCAUGGAAACCUGCCAUAUUAUAUAUUUUUAGAAAGGUUCUGAAAUGACCUUUCCUGUGGAUUAAGAACUUUCAAGAUCUGAUUUACCUAUCUAAAAUUACAAGCAGUUUAAAAAAUGGUCUGAAUUCACAUAACCUCAAAUGGUCGGGUCUGAUAGCCACAAAAAAGCUGUGUAGAGGGAUGCUAUUUUCCUCAAAAGCGGUGUCUGUAUAAUCUUGACAAAAUGUUUGUAUCAUGUAUCAUAAAAAAAUAAAUAAAUAAAUAGGUAGUCUGUUUUUUUUACUCAUCACUUUUUGCCUUCCUCACCUCAAUGAGGAAAGGCUAUAAAAUCACUCGAAAAAUGAACUUCUUUAUUCGACCUCGUAGACUCACCUUCACGUAUACCUAUCGACUCAGAAUCAAAUUCUGAACAAAUGUCUGUGCGUGUGUCUGGAUGUGAGUCCGUGCACCGAAAAAUAUGCACACGAUUAUCUCCGGACUGGUUGGACCGAUUUGGACCGUUUUGGUCUCAUUCGAUCCGUCUUAGGGUCCUUCAAGACCCUAGUUAAUAUUAUGAAGUUUAGUGAAAUACUUCAAAAGUUAUGCUAAAAAAACAAUUUUAGCUUAACUUUCGAAGAUUGUAAAAAGGGUGGUUUUUGU